GUCGAAUUCAACCUCGUGUACGACCGCGGCACCGUCUUCGGACUCAAGAUGCUCAGCAGUGGCGUAGGCCGCAUUGAAAGCAUCUUGAUGUCCUUGCCAGAGAAUGCCAAGUGGCUCUACGCCCAUGAGCCCGAGGAAGGCUCUCCAGAGGCGGAGAUUAUGGAGGCUUUUAAGACUCCGCAGGAAUGGGUGUGA